UUAUAUCUGAACCCACGUGCCCCACCCUGCCGUGCCAGUGAAUUUCGGAGAGUCUUUGAAACACUCUGGAUCGCUUUGCGUCCAGAAUUGGUCCCAGUUGCAAAUAGCUGCUGGAGCGAUGCUCUUUUCAAGUGGGAAGCUAAGGGAAGCCCCUCCAUCAGCUGGAGAAGAGCGCUCAGGGGCAGGCGGAUCUUGUGGGAUCCCCGGAGAAUGCCUAAAAAGGAAGAGGCACCUCUCUUAUCUGCCCAGCACACAUGGGGGGGACUUCAGAGAGAACACUCUGCUGCGUGUUUUGCUGCUUCUCACACGGUCUACUACCAGAUCUUCAGUCCUUGGUCCGGAGGGGAGCUAUCCCAAAGAGCUAAAGAUGAGUUUUCUCUGGACCGUUCUUCUCCUCGGUUCCCUCCCUCUUGCCGCACCCUCGUGCCCUGAACUCUGCCGGUGCGCCGAGGAUAUCGUGGACUGCAUGUCAACCGAGGCCAACGAGGACACCAUCCCCUCCUCGUUCGCCCCCUCGACCAGGAAGAUCUACCUCAACAACAACGAGCUCACGUUCAUCCCCAGCGGGCUCUUUGACAACCUCAAGAACCUUCAGGAGGUCCAUCUGUGGGGGAAUCCGUGGGAAUGCGACUGCCACAUCCUCUACCUGCGCUCCUGGCUCCAGUGGCAGCAAAACCGAACCCUCUACCGCAACCUCCAGUGCGCCUCCCCUUCCCAUCUGCAAGGCAGGAUCAUCGCCUAUUUGAUGGAGGACGAGAUCAUCGCCACCUGCCAGUACCAAUACUGCCGACUGGCCCUUUUCUCCCAGAUCUGCCUUUUCCUCUUCCUCCUGGUGCAAGCGGUGCUGCUCAUCCUCGUCCUGGUCUACAUGCGCAGGUUCCGAAAGAUCGCCAAGGAAGCCAGCGGGGCAACUCAUGAGAUCUACAAACAUGGGGAUCCCUGGGGGACGGCCAGGAAAGGGGGCCGAUAGAGUGGCUGUCGGGACUCACCACGAUUCAGCCUUUGGGAAAAGCCAUUUUCACACACUUAACCCCUGCUCUUGUGGGGGAAGAGCUUGGGGUCUUAGGUAGGAUGGGGCAGGUUUUUUCUUGGAGAGAGGGAGGAAAAACAGACGUCGCAGGUUGUCACCCUGAAAAAAGCCAUUUGUCUCCUUCCAAUGAAGGGCAAUCUAGGGUUUCCCCUCAAGGCGACAGCUGCUUAUGUGAGCUUUCUGAGGUCCUGAAACAUAGCCCUCAAAUACCCUUUGGGUACCAGCUUUUAAAGUUUGGAUGAAAACAUGGAGCAGAUUCUACACCCCCCGUGGCACGAGUACUGCCAUCCUCCCUUUUACCUUCUCGUUCCAUUAAAGAAAAAAGGAUAACGAAUCCUCGUUGGACUGGCUGUUGAAUCUCCUUCCAUCUUGGCUGUGGGAAAGCAUCCACCAUUACAGUGGAAGGCAGCAGGUUAGCUAAGGGAAAAGAAAGCUACUGUAUUUUUCCAUGUAUAAGACGAUACUUUGGUCU